AUGGAUGUAUUCUCGCAAAUGUCAGAAAUUGGGAUCAUUUUACAGGCAAGAGAACCGUGCCCACUUCAUCUCAGCGACCCUAUUCCGUUGUUCAAGAAUAAGAGUCGAGAUUCUGCUCUAAAAGUUCCGGGCUUAGCCAAUUCAAGUUUCUUUCAGUUGUGGAAGGGAAUGAGUGAAUACUUCUUUGCCAUUUACCAUUUAAAACAAUGGGACAAGCAUACCUCAAUCCUGCCAGGCAAGCCUUACCAUUAUCAGAUAUCAAGAUGUGACUGCCUCUAAUUGCCCUUCAAAAUAUUU